GCCAGCCCAAUGGCGGUGGUGAGUGCAACUGUUUCAACAGCCACUGAUCCCCGGGGAGGUGAAGAUCCCAGGCCCCGCCUUUGACUCUGCCAGGCCGGGACAUCUUUUUUCUUGGAGAUCGAGAUGGCUGCGAAGGUGACACUGGAGUCCGCGGACCGCUGCCGCACGGACUAGCCCAUGCAUGCCAGCCCUGUGCAGCCGAUCCGAAUUCUGAAAUCCAGUCGCAACACGAUGGCCUCAUCUCCCGCUGUCCUGCGAGCGUCCGGACUCUGCCAAUGGUGCCCGAGGAGCUGGGCGCUGCUGCCGAGUUCUCCAAAGGUGAGGCCAGUUAGCCUGGUCUCUUGGGCUCCUGCCCGGACGACUGCGACGAUGACCGUGGAGCCAGCGAGCCGCUGCCUCUGGGACGAGCCCGUGCGCAUCAUCGUGCGCGGCCUGGCCCCGCAGCAGCCGGUCACGCUGCGAGCGUCCCUGCGCGACGAGAAGGGCGCGCUCUUCCGCGCCCACGCGCGCUACUGCGCCGACGCCGGCGGCGAGCUGGACCUGUCGCGGGCGCCGGCCCUGGGCGGCAGCUUCGCGGGGCUCGAGCCCAUGGGGCUCCUGUGGGCCCUGGAGCCCGAGAAGCCGUGCCUUCGGCUGGUGAAGCGGGACGUGCAGACGCCUUUCGUCAUUGAGCUGGAGGUGCUGGACGGCCAUGAGCUCGAGGGAGCGCGUCUCCUGGGCCGAGCUGUGCACGAGCGCGACUUCCUUGCACCCGGGGUGCGGCGGGUGCCGAUCCGCGCCGGCCAGGUGCGCGCCACCCUCUUCUUGCCGCCAGGUGAAGGGCCCUUCCCUGGGAUCCUCGAUCUCUUUGGAAGUGGUGGUGGCCUUUGUGAAUACAGGGCCAGCCUCCUGGCCAGACAUGGUUUUGCUGUGCUUGCUCUGGCUUAUUUCAGAUUUGAGGACCUCCCUGAAUACCUAAAUGAUGUGCACUUGGAGUACUUUGAAGAAGCCGUGGACUUCAUGCUGCAGCAUCCAGAGGUGAAAGGCCCUAGCAUUGGACUUCUUGGAUUCUCCAAAGGAGGAGACUUGUGUCUCUCAAUGGCCUCUUUCUUGAAGGGCAUCACAGCCACCGUACUUAUCAAUGCUUGUGUGGCCAACACAAUAGCUCCUCUACAUUACAAGGAUAUGAUUAUUCCUGAUCUUGGUAAUGACCCAGGGAAACAUACAACCACUGAGUCAGGCCUUAUAGAUUUCAUGAAUAUUUGGAACAAUCCACUGGAGGAACCCUACCACCAAAGUCUUAUUCCAUUGGAAAAGGCCCAGGGGCCCUUCCUGUUUAUUGUUGGCAUGGAUGAUCAUAACUGGAACAGUGAAUUCUAUGCUCAUAUAGCCUCUGAACGGUUACAAACACAUGGGAAAGACAGACCCCAGAUAAUCUACUACCCAGGAACUGGUCACUGUAUUGAUCCACCUUAUUUUCCUCCUUGUAGAGCCUCUGUCCAUGCAGUAUUUGGUCUACCAAUAUUCUAUGGUGGUGAGCCAAAGGCUCAUUCAAGGGCACAAGUAGAUGCCUGGCAGAAAAUUCAAACUUUCUUCCAUAAACAUCUCAAUGGUAAAAAAUCUGUCAAGCCCAGCAAACUGUAACAUUAUAAUCAUAGAUGAGAUGCUAUUAAUAAAAAUCCUAUUCAUACAGCAUGUAUUUGGGUUUUCCAGAGCACCUAGGAACUAUUUUGUAACAAAGCAACCAUCUCGGCUUCCUUGUCAGGUCCUACUGGAUUCCCAGCCUUUGCAACCCUCUUUUCUUCACUGGUGGGUCUACC